AUGUCCGCAGGAGACGUUGCAAUCCACACGCUGCCCAAGACCACUGGGUCGAGCAAUGUGAAGCUCAACAAAUGGUCCAGCAUCAUCACGCAGGACAAGGCAAGGGGAGGUGCCCAGGCCAUGCUUCAUGCGGUCGGGCUGUCGGUGGAGGACAUGGACAAGCCGCAGAUUGGCAUUUCACCGAUCUGGUGGGAAGGAAACCCUUGUAACUUCCACCUACUCGAUCUUGCGGUGAAGGUCAAGGAGGGAUGCAAACAGGAAGGCCUUGUCGGCCUCACUUUCAACACUAUUGGUGUCAGUGAUGCUAUCACUAUGGGUACCGACGGCAUGAGAUUUCGUGAGUGCAGCGUGAUGAAAACUGGGGAAUGGUCCUCAACGGAUUACAGGCUACCGAGUCGUGACUUGAUUGCCGAUUCCAUUGAAGCCGUCACGAUAGCCCAAUACUACGACGGAAACAUCUCGAUCCCAGGAUGCGACAAGAACAUGCCCGCAACUGUUAUGGCAGCGGCCCGCCACAACCGCCCGACGAUCUGUGUCUACGGUGGCACCAUCCAGCAUGGUGUCCGCCAGGUCGACUGCCCUGCGCUCGGUCACAAAAAGGGUGAUGACAUGAACAUCGCAGAUGCCUUCGAGUCGUACGGUGCGUUCGCCACGGGGAAGAUCAGUGACGAGGAGCGCCUCGACGUUGUCCGUAACUCGUGUCCUGGUCCCGGUGCCUGCGGUGGUAUCGCGAACACCAUGUCGAGUGCGCUCGAGGUCCUGGGCAUGUCGCUUCCCUACUCGUCCAGUAUCCCCGCCACAUUCCCCGAAAAGGUCCAGGAGUGCUUCCGGGCUGCGCAUUACAUGAAGCGGCUACUCGAGCUCGACAUUAAGCCGAAGGACAUCCUCACCCGCGCAUCCUUCAUCAAUGCCAUCACCAUCGUCAACGCCCUGGGUGGCUCCACGAACUCCGUGCUGCACUUCCUCGCGAUGGCGCGCGCGGCGGACGUGCAGCUCACGAUCGAGGACUUCCAGGACGUGCGCGACCGGACGCCGUACCUGUGCGACCUGAAGCCGUCGGGCAAGUACCUGAUGGAGAACCUGCACCACGUGGGCGGCAUCCCCGCGCUCGUCAAGUACCUCCUCAAGAACACGAACCUCAUCGACGGCAGCACGUUGACCGUCACCGGGAAGACGCUCGCGGAGAACGUCGCGGACGCGGCGGACCUCGACUUUGACUCGCAGGACGUCAUCCGCCCGCUCAGCAACCCGAUCAAGUCGAGUGGUCACCUUACGAUCCUCCGUGGUAACCUUGCGCCCGGAACGGCCGUGGCGAAGCUUACGGGCAAGGAGGGUCUCCGCUUCGAGGGUGUCGCGAAGUGCUUCGACAGCCUGCCUCCUUUCUACUCUGCGUUGGAGGCCGGAGAGAUCAAGGAGGGUAUGGUCCUCAUCUUCCGUUACCAGGGCCCCAAGGGUGCGCCUGGCAUGCCCGAGAUGCUGGGCCCGACUGGUGCGCUGAUGGGUGCGGGUCUCGGUGGUAAGACCGCCCUGAUCACGGAUGGCCGCUUCUCCGGCGCCUCGCGCGGGUUCAUCAUCGGGCACGUCGUCCCGGAGGCGCAGGUCGGCGGGCCGAUCGCGCUCGUGCACGACGGGGACAAGAUCGUCAUCGACUCGGCGGGCGCACGAUCAACUGGCUCGUCGACGACGCGGAGAUCGCGCGCCGCAAGGCGGAUACGCGAGGGACGUCGCGCCGCGAACGUGGGCGCGUACACGGAUUGA